ACUGAACAAUCGUAAAACAGCGAUUGACUAGCGAGCGGUCAAGAAAUGUGGUGCCCCACCACGGCACGUACUACCCAGGCGAGUUGUGACAGCAAGUUGAAAUACAUGUGCGAAACUUCACGCGAGUAAGAGCUUCCGCGAGGGCGUGAGUAAAACUGGUAAUUCUAGCACUAAAAGCGACACCGUUUCAAAUAGAAAGAUGUGAAAAGUGUUCGCCACAUUGCUAGCUUUCCGUGCAGCAUGCAGUUUAACACGGCAAGGUGAAUUCUGAUACCGAAAGCUGCCCCCAAAGUUCGUCCUGUUUUGCUAGAGAAGUGAAGUACGGACAGCCGUCGGUGGACCGUCCUUCCGCUGUCAGAGAUCGUUGUGCCUGCUCACCCACACGAGGUCUAGCACGCGGCAGUGGGUCGUUCUCUUUCACGCUCACUCCGUCGGUGCGUGGCCUAUUCGCGCGCCGUACAUUUUCCUGUCCGUUUUGUUCGGUUGCUCCAUCGAUCGUUCCGUCACGUUCCCGCGCAUGGUCAUCCAUCCCGUCGGUGUUUUCGGUGGCAACGUGUAGUGUGUGUGUAUGUGUGCGCGCGCGCGAGCGAGUGUUUAUGUGCACGAAUGUGUGUGCGCGUCUGCAAGACGUGUAUUUUCUGGUACAGCGGAUCGUGUGUGAGCGGUCGUCAAUAAAGGGAAAAGUCUUCACGGGGACGCUUUUUCCACGACAGUGACUAGAAGAAAAGCGGUAGAGAAACGCACCUUGGAAACCGGGUCGUGCCGGUGCAAAAGUCUGGCCAUAGGGAACACUGGGAGCGGCUGGAAGUUUACCUUCCUUCAGAAGCGUGAAAGUGAAGCCCUUUGCUAGCGGGAACAUUGCGUCGCAAAGAGAGACUUUGGAGGCAACACAAAAUGAAACUUAGCCGCGGUAGUGGUUAACAGCGUGCAAGGACAAUCUGCAGCUACGCGGCAGUGGUUUGCUGCACACCGUUACGGCGCGCAGUGACACAGGUGCAAAACACGGCAAGGAAGUUCCCGCUCCCGCGUACGUUGUUUUUAUUGUUGUGGUACUGUUUACCGCAUCCGGUAGACAGCAAUGCCCAUCCAAAUGGUCUGCGAUUCCACACCAUCGCUUGUGAGCGCAGCACUGCGCGACACACUGCACUCGGCGGCAUCGACAAAUGGACGCCUGUCGGGGGUCGCCGGUACGGCGAACGGCGGGAGUACCAUUAGCACCGGCACGGGACUGUCCAGUCAGAGCAGCAAACAACAGAUGCGACGGCAUGCAGGUGAUUCAGACGAGCACGAGUAUGACGAGGAGGAAGACGACGCCCUGAUGGAACAGCUCAGUCAAUCGCUAAGUUCCGGGGGCAAGACCACGAAGCGCAUUACGUAUGAAGAAGGUCCAUGCUACAACACCAGUUUGGAUUUGCUGAAAUCCAAAUACAUUGUACUCGAUGGAUCAAACGGCAGUCAGCACAGCGCCAACAGCAACGGCUCGAACGGUGUUGGUAGCAGCGGGGCGGGUGGAGUACCUAUGCAUACGUCCAAAGCAUCAACUGGACUGUCAUCGUCAUCGAUGUCCCUGAACAGUUCCACAAAAUGUUCGUCCAACGCCGCCCAAUCCAUGCAUGGCGGAAAGUUGAUGACAACGACAAGUCUACACAAUGGCGUUACGUCGGCAUCAACGGCUAGUCCUGCGUCGUCCGCUUCUAAGAAGGAUACGGCCACACUACCAACACCCAAGCGAACCCUUUUUCCACGGGAGAAUGUGCAGAUCGGAUGGAAGACGACCGGGCGCAAGUGGCACGUGGGUGCCGGCAUGAUCAACAUGGGCAAUACCUGCUACCUGAACUCGACCCUGCAAGCCCUGUUUCACGUUCCUGCCAUUGCGAACUGGUUGCUAGCCGAUGUGCAGCACCGCGAACGAUGCGAUGAUGGUGGUUCUGGUGGAAGCUGUAUCAUCUGUGCGAUGGCAAAGACGCUGAUCGAGUCACAGAGCAACCAGAGUGCAAUCAGGCCGCAUCUGGUAUACUCAAAACUGCGGCUAGUUUGCAAACACCUUGUGCCCGGUCGCCAGGAAGAUGCCCAUGAGUUCCUGCGCUACCUGGUGGAAGCGAUGGAGAAAUCGUACCUCGGCCGGUUCAAGAACAGCAAAGAGCUUGACCAGUACAGCAAAGAAACGACCCCGUUGAACCAGAUUCUGGGUGGCUAUCUGCGCUCGGAAGUUAAGUGUCCAGCCUGCUACCACAUCUCGACCACGUUUCAGCACUUCGAGGAUCUGCUGCUGGACAUCAGGAAGGCGAACUCAAUCGACGAAGGGCUGGAGCUUUAUUUUGCUCGCGAGCGACUCGAGGAGAACGGGUACAAGUGCGAGGCGUGCAAAAGGCGCGUCGCCGCUACCAAGCAGUUCUCGCUAGAGCGCGCACCAUUCGCGUUGUGCAUACAGCUGAAGCGGUUCUCCGUGAUGGGUGGAAAGAUCAACAAACAUGUCGAGCUACGCCCACGGUUAGAUCUAACGCCGUACUCGUCCCCGGCAUUGAAGGGAGGGUCCAAUGGAAAGCUACUGUACCGGCUCACAUCGAUGGUGACGCACUUGGGAAGCACACAGCACUGUGGCCACUACACCGCCAUCGGACACACCGACGCUGGUGCAUACCACGUGUUUGACGAUAGCUCGGUGCGCCCCAUCGGUAUGCACAACCUCACGACUACGAACGCGUACAUCCUGUUCUACGAGCUGGAAAGCCCCGUUGGAUCCGCCGGUCUUCCAAACGGGGUUUGCCGCACGAAACCCAGUGCCACCGUUGGUCAACCGAGCAGUACUGCCACCCUUACCUCGAUGGGUCACCUGAACAGCGAUGGAGGAGGAGGGAGUAGUGGCACGCCGGGAAAAGCCACCACUACCAACUCGUCCCCUCUCCGUGUGCUCGGUACUGGCGGCUCUGGUGUCUUCCCCAGCAAACUGGAGCAAAAGUCUACUUUCAUUGGGCCGGUGCUGCCAACGACGGCGUCGAGUACGUCGUCGCAGCCAAACACCGCCAUCGCCGCGACAUCCAACGGCAGCGUUACUACAGCCGGACAGCAAGGAAACUCCUCCUCGCUCGUAAGCUCAUCCCAGAAGUCAGACGCGAGCGGAACCAAAUACACGGUGGAUGCUUCCUUUUCGUCACCAUCAUCAACCGCGUCCACGCUUUCGAAUGCCUCCCCGUUGGCAUCACCGGUGAAAGGAAUGCAACCACAAUCAUCGCAUGCCCCCACCUCCGGCUCUGGCCAACCGAAUUCGAAAACUCCCAAACUGACGAGCAGCAAUGGUCCAUCGAACGGUGGACUAAAGGAGGAAAAGAAGUUAUCAACCUCAGCCCCGCUACUACCAUCGAUGCCAAAACUCGUUUCUUCCGCCAACAAAAUGAACUCCCCAUUGGUUAACGCUCCGGCCCAACCGUCGGUGGUGAGUUUGGUGCCGUACGAAACGGACGAUAGUAGCAGCAGCGACGACGAAGACGAUGGCUCCGAUAAGCGAAAUGCAGUGCCCAUCACGAACGGUGGACCCAAGCGUCCUAAGCAGACACCAGCAGCCGGUGGUGUUCAUCAAAACGGUCUGAAGCCUACUAAGAUGGUGAAGGCGGCAGUGUUUGAACGCAGUGAGGGCAACGACGAAAACGAUGACGAGCACCGACGGGCAGACGCUGUCGACGAACGACAAGAGAUGGCAGCUUCUCGCUCACCACAGCUCGUGAAAACGAAAAGUGGCCUGUGGAAGGUGUCACCAAGCAGUACCGCGGAUCAGUUAAGCUUUCCCGACAGCGGCAGCAGUGGCGGUUCGGCACCAUCGUCCAAAGCGUCCUCCCCGGCCACCUCUGUGGGCUCAUCACCUUCCAGCUCUCCCGGUGGUAGCCAUCAGCAGAAGCAACAAUCGCAACAGCGAAACGGAGUAGAUGCGAGCAAAUCAACGGUUCUUACUAACGGACAUCGCACCAAUGGUUCCAACCAACACCAGCCAACGUUCAAUGGAGCUGUAGGCGAUAAGAGGAAGCCCAUGGCAGUGAACGGUUAUCAUCAGGGUAUCGUAAACGGAAAUCAAUCAAACGGUGGUGGUGGUGGGGGUGGAAAAACGCGACCGACUAAUGGAGAUUUAACGGCUUCCUCGGGUGGAGCCGCCGUACAGGUGUUGCUAAAACUAUCGCACCGGGGUUACGGAGCGCCGGUAAAGAGCUGGGAUGGCCAAGAGACGGCCAUGGAUCGCGAGUUGGCGACGGAAAGGCGCGAGGAACGCAAGCGACAGAUCGAAGACGAUCGCGAAACGGAAAUGGAUCGUGGUCGGGUGAAGAAAUCGAAAGGUAAUGCAGCACCCAAUGGUAGCUUUGGCUGCGGCGGUAAUGGAUCCAAUCCGUUCCAAUCGUACCAGAACGGUGGAAAAUGGAACGGAAACCGCAAUGGGGGCAACAACCAUUACAACAAUUACCACCGCGGCGGCGGUUCGUAUUACUCGAACGGAAAUGGUCAGCGAUACCACCAUGGCGGUUCCAGCAGCAACAAUGGGUUUCGCAACAAUGGACGACGCUUUGGUGGCCGCAACGGCGGUGCUGGGGGUGGAGGAAACUUUCAUUCGAAAGGUUAUCAUCAUCACCAGCGCGGUGAAUCAUCUGGUGGUGGGGGCGGCAUGGCUAGUGGCAGUGGCAACAAUGGCAGCAAUGGGUUCUACCACCGAUAGAAUGCUGGACGUGGAUGAACAGUCAGGGAACAACAAGGUGGUGGAGCGCAAAGGUCCCUAAUUUUGGAAUGUCCUGUGAUUCGCUCUAUGGGAAAAAUGCAAAACAAAAAUAUUGAGCUUUUUAAACUGCCAUCUGCGAUGUGUUUGCUUGCUGAAAAUGUAUAAAGACUGUGCAUUUCUUCUUAUUUCAUUCUUUGUGUACCGAUCAUUGCGUGACGAGCGAAUGCAACCCUACCACCCUUAUAUCUGUGUGUGUGUAUGUGCGUGUGUUUAUAUUUUAUCCUUUAUUCCGUUGCCGCUGGAGAUUGAAAGAUCUUCCGCCCGGAAACGAAUGGUUAUGUUGGACUACUAUGUUGUUCGAAAAUGUUGAAACAUUCAGCAACUAUCCAAAACUAAGUAAGCACAGGACAAAGUCAUUGUUUCACCAUUGUUUUCUACCGCACAUUGUCUUCACUGCAUUUCUGGAACGUCGCAUUAAACAGAUCACCGAUUGUUUUCCCUAUGGCAAAGACGACUUGCAUAUGAAAAAAUGAUUUAAGAAAAUAAACUCAGUCAAACGAGAGCGAUAAUAGUGUGUAUGACAAGGGCGCAAAUCAAAACGGUGUUGAUCAAUCGUUCCAAAAUCAUCUUAUCGUUUUAUCGACCUUUUUUAUUGUAAAUAUGUCCCACUACUUACGAGUGAAGAAGACGAAAAAAACGGUCAAGCAAUUAAUUUCGAAGUGCUAAACCAAGGCAGUUUGGAGAAUGCAAAAAGUUUUUUGUUUUUGGCUCUGUACAUAAACCGUGUUCCUUCUGCGCCAGUACGUGCUAACAGGGAGGCAAUGGAACGACACAAUCAUUACUCUGUAUUAACCAAUAAAUACUAAAAGGACCUCCAACAGUAGCGUAGAGAUUGUACAAACGGAACGGAAGUAAAAAAAAAAUGCUGUAAAUUGAAAGCUUACAUACGACAUUUGUGGAUGAGACAAGUAAAACAAAAAGAAAGUCACGUGGACCGCGAGCGUAACACAAAGCAAAACAAAAUAGGACCGAACGUUGGAAAUCAGUAGGAAAAGAAACUAAAUCGAAUUACCUCCUUUCAAUGUAGCAUGCAGCGGACGACUACAUAUACUAUAUAGAUACAAUUAUAUUAGUGAAUAAAAGAAUGGUCGGGGAGAAAUUACUAGGCAGGCAGAACUACUUUGAGAGCGAGGGUAGCUCGUGGUGUUAGAAGGAGAUCUGGGGAAAAAACUGGCGGUGAAGAAAUACGAUUCGAAGUACGUUUUUAUAACAUGUUUACUUGUUAAAGAUUAAGCGUGAGCAUGAUGGGUCGCAGAUUGUUCCGAGCACUUUGGAAAAGUAGUAUCGGAAGGGUAGUUAUUUUUUAUAGAUUUUUUUUUUGUUAUUUUGACAUUAUCUUUGUACGUAUCGGCAUUUAGUUUAUAUGUGCGCAUGUAACAUUGGAACCCAUUUUUUUCUUUUUCUAUACUUUAAUUUCGUUUAAAUAAGUUCCUUUGGCAGAACGACAAUUCCCCGUUGAACUGGGCAAUCAUUACCGAACUGCCGGAACAUGAAUUUCCAAUAAUUCACACAUCCGUGUAGUAGCCCUCAUGGUAUCGAUAAGUAAUUAAACACUACGUUAUUCCCAAAUUGACUGUUGCAAAAGGGUUAAAUGUUCCGCAGCAAGGAAUACACCGUAUUGCUGCUUGCGUAAAUUAGCAAUAAAGAAAUAAAUAGCCCCACUA